CCUGCACGUUUACCAUCUGCCUUCGUAUGUGUGGGAACCUCAUCUCGGUUGCGAUUCUCACGACUCCACACCCCACACAUGUUGUGCGUCUCACUCCAUCGCCCAUCGUCUCCCAUCAUGGGUCUCGCUCGACCGAAAAUACGCACACCUGUCCCUAUCCGCAGCUCUCAUAGGUCCAUGGGGUUUGUGCCCCACUUUGCCCAAGGGGGCGCCUAUAAAAGCCCGAACCCUCACAACUUGACAUCAUUCGUGAAAAUGAACUGCAACGACAACUCCACCAACGAGAAUCUCCUCAACGCCAAGAAGGCGCGAUCGCCCUUCCACCACCUCAAGAAAAUCAUCUCGGCCUUGGUGAAGAAACCACCGAAGAACAGUUAUCAAAAAUCGACCGAUUUUGACGAGAUUGAAGAUAACCUCGCCAAUGAGCUACUCGAGAACCAGAUUUUUGAAGAUAUUGAUUCGUGUGAGGACUUCGCUGCUGUUCCGGUGUACACUGAAGGCCACGUGGACGUGCUUCCGGUCUUCCGGGGCCAGAGAUACAUUCCGGUGCAUUUUGCCCGGACUGAAGCUGGGACUUUCUUCUGGACUUCCAUGGCCGGCCCCGAUUGCGAUUUGAACCAACAAGGGGACAAAAACGCCAUCACCUACUACCAACAACCAGAAUUACAAGUUCCUGCAUACCGAUGGGCGCAAGCAUAGUGAUUGAUGUGAUUUACCACGACUGAGAGAUUUGUGAUAAUUGUACCUUUUGCAAUUUUUUAAUUGUGAUGGCAGCUUUAAUUUUUUUUGUUAUAUAUGUCUUCCACUUAGAUUUAAGACGAUUUUAUUGAAUAAAUAUUUUUUUCAUAAGUA